AUGCUCGACGUCAACGAUUUUAUCGCGGAACGUGGAGGGAACCCGGACCGCAUCCGAGAGUCACAGCGCCGCCGGUUCGCAGACGAGAGCUUGGUUGAUCAAGUUAUUGCUUUAUUUGAGGACCACAGAAAGACUCAAUACAACGCUACACAAAUUAGCAGCAAGAUCAAUGAGGUGCAGAAGCUGAUUGGAGCCAAAAAAAAGGCCAAAGAAGACGCAACGGAUCUGCUGCAACAGAAGAUCGAGCUCGAGAAGGAAAAGAAGCUUGUCGUUGAGUUUGCAGUGCAGAAGGACAGGAUUCUCCGGGCGAAAAUCAAGACUAUCGGGAACAUUGUCGAUGACACUGUACCAGUGAGCAACAAUGAGGACGACAAUGCCGUGCAACGAACUUGGGCACCGGACGGUGUUACUGUCGAGAAGCGUAAUGUGCUCUCCCAUCAUGAAGUGCUUCUUCGCCUUGAUGGCUAUGACCCAGACCGCGGUGUCAAGGUCGUUGGCCACCGAGGCUACUUCUUGCGACAGUGGGGCGUGUUCCUCAACCAAGCUCUCAUCAACUACGGACUUGAGUUCCUCUCAGAGCGGGGAUACUGCCCUCUACAAGCGCCUCAGUUUAUGUUGAAGGAUUACAUGGCCAAGACUGCCCAGCUAGAUGACUUCGACGAGCAGCUCUACAAGGUUGUUGAUGGAGACGAGGCCAACGACAAGUAUCUCAUCGCAACCUCCGAACAGCCGAUUUCGGCUUUCCACGCGGAUGAGUGGCUCGUCGCUAAGGACUUACCUAUUAAGUAUGCCGGCUAUAGCACCUGCUAUAGGCGAGAGGCUGGCUCUCAUGGGCGAGACGCAUGGGGCAUCUACCGUGUCCAUCAGUUCGAAAAGGUUGAGCAAUUUGUUCUCACUGAUCCUGAAAAGUCCUGGGAAGCUUUCGAGGAAAUGAUUGGCGUUUCCGAAGAGUUCUACCAGUCUUUGGGGCUUCCUUACCAGGUGAUCGCCAUUGUCUCCGGCGCACUGAACAAUGCUGCUGCCAAAAAGUUUGAUCUUGAAGCUUGGUUUCCCCACCAAGGCGAAUACAAGGAACUGGUUUCGUGCUCAAACUGCACUGAUUACCAGUCGCGCGCCUUGGACAUCCGCUUUGGUGCCAAGACACAAACAGAUACGAAAAAGAACUAUGUUCAUUGUCUCAACUCGACACUGUGCGCCACCACGCGAACGCUAUGUUGUGUUCUGGAGAACUACCAAACCGAAGAGGGCCUUCGCGUUCCGGAGCCGCUUCGCAAAUAUCUCCCUGGUGCCCCGGAGUUCAUUCCAUUCGCGCGGGAACUGCCGAAGGACGCUGCUGGCACCCAGAAGAGCCUGCCACGUCGGGAGAAGAAAUGA